AUCCUAGAGUCUAAGAUACACUUCUGUCGAAACUGCGUUCUUCAGACCUCUGGAAGUAGCCUUACUAGCUGCGGAUCUCUAACUUACUACUCAAACCAGGUUGUUAAUGGCGACUACCUCCGUAUUAACCAACCACUCGUAUCUUCUUUACCUGACGGCUCUGAGGCGCUCAACCUUGUCCCAUAUUAUUCACGACUACAAGACCUUCGUAAGCAGAGGGCUCUUAUUGUAUCAAAACUGAUCUCUUCUCGAUCCCUCCUUGUUAGUGCAAAGGUGAUAGUAGAUCCGCCACCUAUCACUUCGGGUGCUCAGCCUGAUCCUGGCCCCAGCUCUAGUCGAUGGCACAAAGCAACGCGCAGCACUAAAAGGGUUUCUUCUCGCAUUACUCGUCAGUCGGCACUCACUCGUGGUCUUGCCUACCUUGAUUUGCACUAUUGUGGAAGUCAUCAGGCAAUUGAAGAGCUACGUACUAGACUCCAUUUUCUCAAAUCGACCAAACAAAAUGUUUUCUCAAACAGGCCAUCUACAUUCAAUAAGCUGAUGUUUAGGGGACAUUUAGUGCCGCAAAAUUUCCGGAACCAUAAUGGGAAACCAAGAGGAAGACGCUUUGUUACACUGGGGCCAAAUAAGAACACAUCUAUUUCACCCCGCUGGUUGCUAGUGGUUACUGGUCGGGGCACUAACUCACCAUCCGGUGGAGCCAAGCUAUUACCGGCGGUGCGAGGAUUUCUGUCUGCUAAUAACUAUGAGUUUGUCGAGGGGCCAGGCUACUUCUAUGUUAGAUUGUCGACCUUUGGUGUCAUUAUUGAUUGA